UGGGUUUGUGGCUGGCUGGCGGAGGCUGUCACUCCCGGGCCGUUUCCCUGAGGCCGGCGCUCUGCUGGGGGUGGGAGGAAGAGGGGCCGGACUGGGGCCUGACUAGCCGUCGCUGCCGCCGCCGUGUUCGCGGCUGCUAUGACCCUCCGGCGAGGCGCCCUGCUCAGCUCCGCGCAGCGCUAGUGCGCCCGCCGUAGCCGUCUGGGUACCCAGCGCAGCCGCUCCCGCGGCUCCUUAGGCUCCUCCAGCGCCGCCGGCGAGGCGAGGCGGAGGCAAAGGCAGGAUGAAGAUGACGGUGGAUUUCGAGGAGUGUCUCAAGGAUUCGCCCCGUUUCAGGGCUGCUUUAGAAGAAGUAGAAGGAGAUGUGGCAGAAUUGGAACUAAAACUUGAUAAGCUUGUGAAGCUUUGUAUUGUGAUGAUUGACACUGGAAAAGCCUUUUGUGUUGCAAAUAAACAGUUUAUGAAUGGGAUUCGAGACCUGGCACAAUAUUCUAGUAAUGAUGCUGUAGUUGAGACAAGUUUGACCAAGUUUUCUGACAGCCUUCAAGAAAUGAUAAAUUUUCAUACAAUCCUAUUUGACCAAACUCAGAGAUCAAUAAAGGCACAGCUUCAGAACUUUGUUAAAGAAGAUCUUAGAAAAUUCAAAGAUGCCAAGAAGCAAUUUGAAAAAGUCAGUGAAGAGAAAGAAAAUGCACUAGUAAAAAAUGCUCAAGUACAGAGAAACAAACAGCACGAAGUUGAAGAAGCCACAAACAUUCUGACAGCAACAAGAAAAUGUUUUCGACACAUAGCCCUUGACUACGUUCUUCAGAUUAAUGUCCUUCAAUCAAAAAGGAGAUCAGAAAUCCUAAAAUCAAUGUUAUCCUUUAUGUAUGCCCACUUGGCCUUCUUUCAUCAAGGAUAUGAUCUAUUUAGUGAACUUGGGCCCUACAUGAAGGACCUCGGUGCACAGUUGGAUCGACUGGUUGUGGAUGCAGCAAAAGAGAAAAGAGAGAUGGAGCAAAAACAUUCCACCAUUCAACAAAAGGAUUUCUCCAGUGAUGAUUCUAAGUUAGAAUAUAAUGUAGAUGCUGCAAAUGGCAUUGUUAUGGAAGGAUAUCUGUUCAAACGAGCCAGCAAUGCCUUCAAAACUUGGAACAGACGCUGGUUUUCAAUACAGAACAAUCAGUUGGUUUACCAGAAAAAGUUUAAGGAUAACCCCACUGUGGUAGUGGAAGAUCUAAGGCUUUGCACAGUGAAACAUUGUGAAGACAUAGAACGGCGAUUCUGCUUUGAGGUGGUCUCUCCAACAAAAAGUUGUAUGCUUCAGGCAGAUUCUGAAAAGCUGCGCCAGGCAUGGAUUAAGGCUGUUCAGACCAGUAUUGCUACUGCUUAUAGAGAGAAGGGUGAUGAAUCAGAGAAGCUGGAUAAGAAGUCAUCUCCAUCUACAGGAAGCCUGGAUUCUGGAAAUGAGUCAAAAGAUAAAUUAUUGAAAGGAGAAAGUGCACUGCAGCGAGUCCAGUGUAUCCCUGGCAAUGCCAGCUGCUGUGACUGUGGCCUGGCAGACCCACGGUGGGCCAGCAUCAACCUGGGCAUCACCCUGUGUAUUGAGUGUUCUGGAAUUCACAGGAGUCUUGGAGUUCAUUUUUCAAAAGUACGUUCUUUAACUUUAGACACAUGGGAGCCUGAACUUUUAAAGCUUAUGUGUGAGUUGGGGAAUGAUGUUAUAAAUCGAGUUUAUGAGGCUAAAGUAGAAAAGAUGGGAAUAAAGAAACCACAACCAGGACAAAGACAGGAGAAAGAGGCAUAUAUCAAAGCAAAAUAUGUGGAGAGGAAAUUUGUGGAUAAAUAUUCUAUGUUAUCAUCACCUCCUGAGCAGGAAAUAAAGAUGAUCUCCAAAAGUUGCGAAGAAAAGAGGCUAAGCAUUCCUAAACUUGGGCCAGGUGACCAAGUCAGAGCAUCUCCCCAAAGUUCAGUCAAAAGUAAUGACAGUGGAAUCCAGCAGAGCUCUGAUGAUGGAAGAGAAUCUUUACCCUCUACAGUGUCAGCCAAUAGUUUAUAUGAGCCUGAGGGAGAAAGGCAAGAUUCUUCCGUGUUUCUUGACUCUAAACAUCUUAAUCCAGGACUCCAGCUUUAUAGGGCUUCAUAUGAAAAAAAUCUUCCUAAAAUGGCUGAGGCUUUGGCUCAUGGUGCAGAUGUGAACUGGGCUAAUUCAGAGGAAAACAAAGCAACACCACUUAUUCAGGCUGUAUUAGGGGGCUCUUUGGUGACGUGCGAGUUUCUCCUACAGAAUGGUGCUAAUGUAAACCAAAGAGAUGUACAAGGGCGGGGACCACUGCACCAUGCCACCGUCUUAGGGCACACUGGGCAGGUAUGUUUAUUCCUAAAACGAGGUGCCAAUCAACAUGCCACUGAUGAAGAAGGGAAAGACCCAUUAAGUAUAGCUGUGGAAGCAGCCAAUGCUGAUAUAGUGACCUUGUUACGUUUAGCAAGAAUGAAUGAAGAGAUGCGGGAGUCAGAAGGACUUUAUGGACAGCCAGUGGAUGGGAGCAUUGAUUUUUCUUCUGUGUGUCGUACCCAGUGUCAUUCAGUUAAGCAUGUUUGCAUCGAGUGGGAGCUGACUGGUCCUGCCUGCCUCAAGAGUAUGUCUUUUCUUCAGUUUCCCAGAUAAUGUUAGUGGUUCAGAAGUGGUUUUGUUUUGCUUUGCUAGCCUAGCUGUUAUACACACAUAUGUAAUUUAAUUAUUAGCUAGAGAGUAUGUUUCUCCCAUUGGCUCAUAAAUGCAGUUAUAUUCCUUAGAUACCUGGUUAUUGUCCAGUACUUUAACAUACAUACAAUGGUUGUACAGGUAGAUAUAACUCAGUCCUUCAGUUUUAUUCCAUUUUAUGCAGCAAAAAGAAGCCCUUAACAAUUUUUUUUAAUCACCAAAAGAUUCUUAGUUAAUAGAAAUUUUAGUUCUUCAUUGUUGGGUUGAUUUCCUAAAACCUGGACAAACUUAUUGAUGUAAUAAAUCUUUUUCAAAGGUUACUUGAAUGUUGCAAAAUUAUGCUUUCAUCAUAUUGUAACUUUCAAAGGAAAAGCUGACUUAUAGAGUAAUAUAGAGCAUUUUUAUAUUUGAAAUUUGUCCUUUUCAAGAUACAUUUUUGCGGUUGGUCCUUGUGAAAGAAAAAUCUCUUUGUAAAAGGAGAAAAAAAGUCAUGUUUUUCUUAGCUUUAACUAAAAUAUAGCAUUAAAUUGCUUUUUAAUUUUUCCAACAUCUAUUCUGUGUACUUGUUGUAUACAGUGUAUAUUCUUUUAAAUUAUAACAUCUAUAUAGCUUUAGUAUUUGGUUUUAUGAAUCACAGACCCUUGAAUUCCAAAAUUCCAAAUGAACUUUGGUGUUUGUUUCUCAAAAUGUAUAGAUUUAAUUUGGAAUAUGUGCUUUGGUUCUUCAUGAGUGCAUUUUGAAAAAGAAAAAUCCCACAAAAAUAUAUACCUUUACAAUCUGGACAACUCAAGUUUGUGAUGUGUUAAGCAGUAUUUUAGAUAUGUAAUUUUAUAAAUGUAAAGUAUGGUCACAAUCAACCAAAUUGCAUUUAAGACUAAAUUUACUACCCAUUUUGAAUAAUGAGACAUUUCCAUAUCAGUCUUAGAUUGUCAAAUUAACUUUUCUGUUUGUUAGCACCUUUGACUGUGGACACGAGCUGGAAAAAUGAUGUUUUUAUAGAAUUGUUUGUCCAGAAUGACUUCAGACCUGCAUAGUGGAAAGAGCACUGACUAGUAGUUACUCUUCUUUGUGGAUUCAGAGCUCCUCACAAAUAAACCAAUGCGAUGAGGCAGAGUGAAACAAUAACAGGAUCCCUCUGUAUACUGUUCUGCUGUUCACAACGUACUUCAACAUUACUUUAUCUCACCUGAUUUCACAGUAGGACGUCUAUGGUAUUUACUCUGCGAGAGCCAACAUUGUCUCUUCUUUGAUCUGGUUCACUCUUGUUAUACAGAGGGGGUCACUGGUUUGCUGGUUGGUGGCAUAGAUGACACCAGAGCCCCCUUUCUGUCUUUAAUAGUUGGAGGCACUUUAUUUGUAUCAUGAAUUGAUUUGAAAUCAUUGUAAAGCAGCAACAUCUGAUAAUGACUGCCAGCUUUCCUUGGGUUUUGAUAAAAGCCCCAAAUAUUCCAGAGAACCUGGCUAUAUAAUUACCUUGAAGGAAUAGAUUAGGAUCUGACAACAUUAAAUUAUAGGAAAAUUUACAUUUUUGCAAUAACAAGCAUUAAUGAAAGCGAAAUAUUGCAAAGGUAAUUUUAAUUUACUAUAUACAGGCAUAGCUCAUUUUAAUGUGCUUUGCUUUAUUGCAUUUACAGAUAUUGUGUCUUUACAAAUUAAAGGCAAGACCCUCCACCAGCAAAAAGAUUAUGAUUUACUUUAUGACGAUACUUGCUUUAUUGUGGUGGUCUGGAAAUGAACCCACAGUAUCUCUGAGGUAUGCCUGUACUUAUAAAUUUCUUGAUGAAAGAUAACUAAAAGGGGCUUGGAUUCAAUUUGGUUGAAUCCUGACAUCUGCAAAUAUAAUUUUGUGGAUAUCCUUUUCUGUUUACAUACAUUUAUUUACUUAAAAUGAGAUAAUGGUGGAGGGGAGAAGCAAGGUUUGAUUAAAUAAGCUUUUCUCUAUAUUGGUCUUUUCACUAUUUUAUAUUCUAGAUUUUUAAAUUUUUUCCUCGACACCCUUCCCCACCUUUUUGGUGUUAAUUUUAAACAGGGAAAGCUUGCUACAUUAUAAAGAGUGCUGACAUCAUUUAUUUUACACAAAGGCUAAAGGUUAACUUUUGGAAACGAUGAGCUACUUUUCUGUAUGUGUUUACUUGUGCUUUGUGGUAUUUUGGAUCAUUCCAGGCAUAAAGACUUAUUACAUAUAAUAUUUCUUGCUAUCUGUGAAAGGGUCUAUUUUAAAGAAUGUAUAACCAAUACAUCAUUUACUUUUUAUUAGUAUGUAGAGGAUUUGUAUCUAAUUCAUGAAUGUAGUUUUACUGUAGUUUGUCAUUGUAAAUGAAACAAAGUACAUUAUCUUUAUAGUUAUUCUAAAAUGUACAUUAUGUAAGAAUUGUAAAUAUUACACUUGAUUAAAUACUUUGUAUACUGAAAAAAUUAUAAGUCAAUAAAAAUUUCACCUCUGGCAUAGUUCUUUCAUGCUCACAUUUUCACUUUAUUGUAAACUACAACUUCAGACUUAUCUGUUAACAACUGUCAUGUUUAAGGUCCUAUAUUCCUUUCCAACCCUGUCAGAUCCAUCAGAUUGUUCCCAUUUCCUGAUUGCUUCAAUAAAAAAAUCCAUUUUGAUCUUUUAAA